CUGUAUCCUUGACAGGCUACAGUUUGCUUUAAAGAGGCAAUGAAGGACAUACUUGUACUGCUGGUUCUGCUGAAUGCUCAAACUCUUAAGGUAGGUUUUGUGUCUGUAGGUCUGUCGUGCAUGUUUGCAGUGUUUAUCAGGGACUCUGGACAGGUUGGCUAUCAGCCAGCGUCCGCAUUCUUCUGCUGACCAGCGUACUGCUUCAACACAAAGUGAAUUGUUAGAUUAAAUUUCACUUGCUUGGAUUUAUUCAACUAAGUGUGAAGUUAAACAGGCAUAGUAAUUAAAAAAUCAGCUUUUGAAAUAUGUGUAAAACAAUGUUUGCGCCAUAAAUCUUAAAUGUAAAUCAAUGCAUUUGAUCUUUUAAAGACGUUUCUAGUCUUACUUACUUUAUCACCCGUCAUGGAGGGGGGAGGGGGGGAGGAAAACUUCUAAUUUCUUUGAAAACAUUCCUUUUCUGUAUCCAUGCCAGUUUUGUCUGCUGUGGGAAAAGGUUACAGUAGAAAGUCUUACUGUGGUGAACCUGUAUGAAUAUUUGGUUUCAAUUGCUUGGCAUCUGAUGCAGUUUCAGACUGAAUAUCUCAUUGUUAGGACACCAGCAGCAGAUCUGUCUUCUGUUGCCCGGCAUCCUUUUGCAUUUCUAUGAAGAGGAUGAGUUUGUUUAGGCAUGCAGCCAGGAGAAAGCGGAAAACAACAGAAUGUUCUCUUCGAUAAGCUGACAGUAAUUAAUAACAUGGAGCUUCACAGAAGUUUAUCUUUGUCAUCACAUCCCGUGCUACCAGUGGUCACACCACAGAAGAAGUCACAAAGAAGUUUGCCGAGGGCUUCCAGUUUGCCGCCUCUGUUUCCUGUUAUACGAGAAAUACACUGAUUCUGUCAGCAUAUUCUAACUUCUUCAUGUCAUUGGAGGGCACUGGGAGACACUUGCAACUCUUAUGCACAGGACAGGUGUCUCAUCAACUGUGCACUAUGUCGUGACUUUUCAGAACACCAGUAAUGUAGUAGCAGCUUUAUUUGUGAUAUUUUGGGAUGUCUGAAGCUGCAUGGAUGCAUGUGUGCAUAUUUCAGAGGGCCCCGCAGACAGGAAGAGAUACUGUUGAGGUGAAAUGCACCUUCUACAAAUUCAGAACAAUGGCUGCCUGUUUGACCAUGCCUGCGGCCCAGGCCGACAGCAUUACCAGAAGGGAAAAGGUCUGCUCUCAGCCCUAUCAGGCAGACUCAAAUGGAAAGUGUCUCAACUCAACAACAGAGUACACGUUGGAUGAUUUAAAUAUAUGCUGCAAGAAAUGCCCCCCUGGACAUCGGCAGAUACAAGAAUGCUCUAAAACUACUGAGACGGUGUGUGGACAAUGCCCAACAGGCCUGUACUUGGACAGCUGGAACUACGCUGACAACUGCUUCUCCUGUCCCAAGUGCAAAGACGCCAAAGGUCUGCAGGAAGUUCAGAGCUGCUCCUCUACUGCAAGGUCAAGAUGUGUGUGCCAACCUGGGAUGUAUUGCAUCAUGGACUUUGAUGACCCGUUCUGUUCAGCGUGUGGACGUUACAGGAAAUGCAAACUCGGUUAUGGAGUGUCUGUGCCAGGGACAGUCAACGCUGAUGUGAGGUGUGAACGGUGCCCCAGUGGGAAGUUCUCUGACACAGUCUCUUCCACAGACCGCUGUCUGCCCCACACUGACUGUCAUGGGGGGGUCGUUGUCAAAAAUGGCAACACUACCUCGGACACCGUGUGUGAACCUGAGGCGUAUAUGUCCAACACGUUGCCUCAAACCUCAACACAAGGGCCUCCCACUGAGCUUGUGUUCACGACUACAAUCACGAUGAGCACAGCGAGGACCACAGUGAGGAGCACAGUCUCAGCAACCUCAGACUCCAACACUCUGCGUCGACCGACAGACACCACACUGUCUGUUAGCCCGUCUUUUACAGAGACGGUGUUCAACUCUUCGACAAAACCCCCGCCACCAGGCACAAUGCCCGACAGUACACUGGCUGCAGUCAUUGCCGGUGUCAUUGGGUUUUUACUCUUUGUCAUCGUUAUCAUCCUGCUGUGCCUUUGUAAACCAGUCUGGAAGAAAGAUGAAGAAGGAUUUAAUCCUCAACUAGACGCAAAUGCAAAUUGUGAGAGUGGUGAUAAAAUCAAUCAGGGUUAUUUUAGGCAAACCCAGCUGAAUUAUAUCACAGUACCCUCACCAGAACAACAGUGUCUGCUGCAGAGAGGGGAAGCCUGCAGUGACCACAGUCAGUGCAGUAACAACACUGAAACUUUGACCCGAACAGACGGUUCUAGCAGCCAGGAGUCCAUCGGCCCUUUGCAAUCCACCAUGGCUCUUCACAAUCCACACUCUGCCCUGUCGGAGCCCAUGACUUUACUUUCCAAUACAGAGACUGUACCCCCGCAGCCCAGCAUCCUUACACAGUCCUCCUCUCAGCCCACCAGCCCACAGGUCAUCAGCCCCGUGACCACCAGCCCCCACGUCAACGUCAACAUCACUUUCCACAUUGAAAACAGGUCUUGUGGGACACCGUCUGUCACGCCCACAGACUCGAUACAAGUUGACUCUAAACUCCCCUUUGGAGAGGAAGAGGAGUCAUUUAGCAUCCCGCAUCAAGAAGCCGGCAAACAAUCACUGAUGUCAGUGCAGGAGAGUGAAAGCUGCAGUGCACCUGCGUGAAAGACUGAUACAUCAAUUUGUUUGUGAUAGAACAUUGAAAACAUCUGACUGGAAACAAGUUGCAUUUCAUAGCAAGUUUCUUAUUAUGAGGACAACCAGACUAGCUUAAACCUUCUAUUUCCAUAUCAAACCCAUGAACUGUCACUGUGUGUUUAUAUAUGUAUAUACAGUAAAUAAAGAUGUAAAUAUUGUC